UUUUAUCUUCUAAGUUGUGAAUGUGGCUAAUGUGACAACCCAAAUAUUACAUUAAGAUCGAUGAUUUCCGACGAACAUAUUGCGAAAAAUGUCUAAAUGAAUUGAGAAUCAUCUGAUUCUAUGUUACAGCAGAGCCCAAAAUUCUUGUGAUAUAAAAUACCGCCUUCAAUCUACUUGCUUCCACUUUCUCCGAAUGUUUAUAGGCAAUGCGCUAGUAUAGUCGAAUUCUGACUCACUUGUCAUGAUAGAACAGAACACGAUCACACGAUCAUCCAAUGGAAACCAAUACAGAUAUGAUACUGUACACUCACAUCGUAUCGUUUCCACCAAAACAAAAACUAAAUGGGUUAAACUGGACAAGCAACGGGAGAUAAUAAAACAUGCUCAGCAAAAAGGCAGAACCGAAGCGAUCAGUCGUCAGUAAGCUCAUGCCAUGGAAGCAUACCGGAAAUUGUUGCUACUUCUAGUUCUGCUGUUGGGACGAGCUUCGACAAGCGUGUUGGAUAAUCGUAUCGAUCAGUUUGAGUUGGACAAUAGUAGCGAGAAUUCAUGCAAUUUACCGGAUACUUUGCUACAAGAGAUCAAAACCUAUCAACCGAUAGUGAACAAAAUAAUUAGCGGAAUUGUGGAUGGACAAUUCGCAGGAAAAACGUGGGAGAGCUUAUCACAGUUAGUGGACACAUUCGGUGCUCGAUUGGCCGGCUCCGAACAGUUGGAAAAAGCGAUCGAUUAUGUGCUAGAUCGUAUGAAGGAAGACCAAUUAGAAAAUGUUCAUACGGAGAACGCGACAGUGCCGCAUUGGGUACGCGGAUACGAAAGUGCACAAUUGGUGACACCAUUCAAAAAAAAUCUUCCCUUGCUGGGUCUUGGAACUUCGGUCGGUACUCCCCGGGGAGGAAUCAUUGCGGAUGUGCUGGCUGUUGAAUCGUUCAAAGAGUUCGAAUCCAUAACUCCAGAUCAGGUGAAAGGAAAAAUUGUAGUAUUUGUUCCUCAAUGGGAGAGCUAUGGAAAGACGGUGGUUUACCGCAGCAAAGGAGCAUCUGUCGCCUCUAAAAAAGGAGCCGUGGCAACUUUGAUCAGAUCGGUUACACCAUUUUCGAUCGGAUCGCCUCAUACCGGUGGACAGAAUUAUGAAGAAGGCGUGAAAAAGAUCCCAUCAGCCUGUAUUACUGUGGAAGACGCAGAAAUGAUUCUGAGAAAGUACAGACGAGGUGAUCAAAUGACCAUUCAUUUGGAAAUGGAAGAUAGAAACCUGGAACCAUUUGUUUCGCGAAACACAAUCGCUGAAUUGGUCGGAACGAAGUACACAAAUUCAUCGGUGGUUAUUGUCUCGGGGCAUCUCGACAGCUGGGAUGUCGGUGUGGGUGCCAUGGAUGAUGGCGGUGGGGCACUGAUAUCAUGGAAAGCUUUAACCUUCUUGAAGGCGAUGGGAUUAAGACCGAAACGCACGAUAAGAGCCAUUUUGUGGACUGGUGAGGAGGAAGGACUUUGGGGAGGAAGAGCUUACAAAGAUGCACACAAAACAAACGAGAAAGAGGAAUUCAAUUUCUUCUUUGAAUCGGACAUCGGCACCUUCGAACCGAGAGGGUUGGAUUUCUCGGGAAAUAAUGACGCUGGGUGCAUAUUCAGAGAGAUUGUCAAGUUGAUGUCCUCGCUGAACGCAACCGACUUUGAGACUCCUACGGAUGGCGGACCGGAUAUUUCCCAUUGGACGAGUCGAGGAUUUCCUGGGGCUUCCCUGAUGAACAAAAACGAGAAAUACUUCUGGUUUCAUCAUUCCGCUGGGGACAGCAUGGCAGUAGAGGAUCCAAAGAACCUCGAUAAGUGUGCCGCGUUAUGGGCAGCAGCAGCCUACGUGGUGGCUGACUUGAGUGUAUCAAUUCCGAAAGACGUGAUCGAUUAGUGAAAUUGCAGAUGAUUUGAGGUUGAUGGUAUUUAUAACGAUUGGUGAAUAAAACGUUACGUAUAUUAGAGCUAA